AUGGCUUCUAAAGAAGCCGACGCGCGGCUCGCGUACAUGACGAAGCGCGAGUCGGAGAUUCGCCUCCCGCGGGCGACGCGCGUUAAGAACAAAACUCCUGCGCCGGUCCAGAUCACCGCGGAGCAAAUCCUCCGCGAGGCGCGCGAGCGGCAGGAGGUAGAAACCGCGGCGCCGAAGCAGAAAAUCACCGACGCGCAGGAGCUCGGGGAGUACCGAUUAAGGAAGCGCAAGGAGUUUGAAGAUUUGAUUCGGCGGGUUCGUUGGAACACGAGCGUAUGGGUGAAGUACGCCACGUGGGAGAUGAGCCAGAAGGACUUCGCGCGCGCGCGAUCCGUGUGGGAGCGCGCGCUGGAGGUGGACUACAGGAACGUGUCCAUAUGGCUGAAAUACGCGGACAUGGAGAUGCGCAACCGCUUUGUCAACCAUGCGAGGAACGUGUGGGACCGGGCGGUGUCACUGCUGCCCCGCAUCGACCAGCUGUGGUACAAGUACAUUCACAUGGAGGAGAUGCUGGGGAACGUGGCAGGGGCGAGGCAGGUGCUGGAGCGGUGGAUGAAGUGGGAACCCGACCACCACGGCUGGUCCGCCUACAUCAAAUUCGAGCUCCGAUACGGCGAGAUCGCACGCGCUCGGGCCGUGUUCGAACGCUACACCAUGUGCAUUCCCACGGUGAAAGCGUGGAUCCGAUUCGCGAAAUUCGAGGUGAAGCAAGGAGAGAUUUCGCGCGCCCGGGAGGUGUACGAGCGGGCAGUUGAAAUUCUCGGCGAGGACGGGCAGAACGAGGAGCUUUUCGUCGCGUUUGCCGAGUUCGAGGAGCGGAUAUGCAAAGAGACCGAGCGGGCCAGGGCGAUUUACAAAUACGCACUCGACCACGUUCCGAAGGCCCAGGCCGAAUCCCUGUACAAAAAAUUCGUGGUUUUCGAGAAGCAGCAUGGGGACCGGGCAGGGAUAGAGGAUGUGGUGGUGGGGAAGAGGCGGUUUGAGUAUGAAGAGGAGGUGAAGAGGAAUCCGCGGAACUACGACGCGUGGUUUGACUAUGUGCGGUUGGAGGAGAGUGUGGGGGAGGCGGAGCGGGUGCGGGAGGUGUACGAGCGGGCGAUUGCGAAUGUUCCUCCAGCGGAUGAGAAGCGAUUUUGGCAGCGAUACAUCUACCUCUGGAUCAACUAUGCCCUAUACGAAGAACUCGAAGCGGGGGACAUGGAGAGGACGAGGGAGGUGUACCGGGAGUGCCUGAAGCUGAUCCCACAUGGCAAGUUCUCAUUCGCCAAGAUCUGGCUGCUCGCCGCCCAGUUUGAGAUCCGCCAGAAGCGCCUCUCUGCCGCCCGGCAGAUCCUGGGGCACGCGAUCGGCGUGGCUCCCAAAGAUAAGAUCUUCAAGGCAUACAUAGAGAUGGAGUUACAGCUGGGCAACAUCGACCGCUGUCGCAUGCUGUACGAGAAGUACCUCCAAUGGCAGCCCGCCAGCUGUCCCGCGUGGGCCAAGUUCGCAGAGCUGGAGCGCAGCCUGGGCGAAACUGAGCGGGCAAGGGCAGUGUAUGAGCUGGCGAUAGGGCAGCCGCUGCUGGACACACCUGAGCUGCUGUGGAAGGCGUACAUUGACUUUGAGAUAGCGGAGGGUGAGAGCGAACGCACGAGGCAGCUGUACGAGCGGCUGCUGGAGCGAACCAAGCACGUCAAGGUGUGGAUGAGCUACGGGCAGUUUGAGGCGCAGGUGGCAGUGGAGGAGGAGAUUAAGGCGGAGGAGGAGGGCAGAGAGGCGGACGAGCUGGUCCUGGCAGAGCAGUCCAAGGACCGGGUCACCAGGGCCAGAGAGGUGUAUGAGCGGGCAUUUGAGCACAUGAGGACAAACGCCGCCGACCAGAAGGAGGAGCGGGUGAUGCUGCUGGAGGCGUGGCGAGAGAUGGAGCGGGCGGCGGGCGUGAACGGCGACCCGGGAUUGGUCGAGAAGAAGAUGCCGCGACGCGUGAAGCGCAAGCGGCCAAUCACGACGGAGGAUGGCACUCCUGCUGGGUUCGAGGAGUAUUACGACUACAUCUUCCCUGAUGAAGCGGCUAACCAACCUAAUCUCAAGAUCUUGGAGGCUGCUUAUAAGUGGAAGAGGCAAAAGCUCACUAUGGGGGAUGAGGAGGAAGGUCAGCAGGGAGGUGGAGCAGAGAGGGAUGAAGGGGGAAGUGGAGGUUUGAUAGACAAUAAGGAAGAGGAUGACUAUGUCGAGCACCUGCACAUUCUCGUAGCCAUGGCGGGGGGUCUCGACGUGCAUAAGAACAAGUACAUCGAGGAUUGGGGCACGCGGCGCGAAAACCUCGAGAAGAUCUUUCGCUUCAACCGUCGCACGCUCUCGAUCGCGGCGCUCGCAAUCGUCGUCCUCCCCGUUGUCGUGUACCGAGGCACCAUCGCAGAAUUCAGGAAGCAAGAGGAACUGGAAGGCCGACCGCAGCGCAAGUUCAUAAACAAUGCCAUUCUCCCCCUCCCCUCCCCCCCAUCCCUCCCCUCCCUCCUCCCCCUCCUCUCCCUCCCCCUCUUCCCCCAUCCCUUCAAUUCCCCUCUAUUCUCCCCCUCCAGCCUCAUUCCCCGCUCUUCGCGCUCCUCUUCCCUCCUUUACCUCGUCUCUCCUCCCCUCAACCAUCUCCUCUCUCUCUCUACGCGCUUCCUCGACUGCCUCUCGCCUGUCGCUCUGUCAACUCUCACCCCUCUGCUCCCUUCCCUCCACGCCCAUUUCACUCUCUGCAUCCCUUGGUCCAUUAGAGGACCUGCCCCAGCAGCAGCGGGACUACCAGGCCCAAGUCUCCUCUCUCCGCAAGGCAUAGGCACAGGAACAGCAGGAGCUGAGGCGAGCAGCACUGAAGGCGCAGUAGGCACAUCCCUCCCUCCCUCCUUUCCCCUGAACCCUCAUUCAUCUCCUCCUCCCAGGACUUGGCACAACGGCAGCGGGACUACCAGGCCCAACCCAGGUGUCCUCUCUCCGGAAGUCAUACAUGCAGGAGCAGCAGGAGCAGGAACUGAGGCGGGUGGCUCUGAAGGCGCAGCACUCACAUCCCUCCCCCUCUACCUCCGUUCCCCUGACUCCACGUUCACCUCCUCCUCCCAGGACUUGGCCCAGCGUCAACGGGACUACCAAGCCCAGGACUUGGCGCAGAGGCAGAGGGACUACCAAGCCCAGGUGUCCUCUCUCCGGAAGGCAUACGCGCAGGAGCAGCAGGAGCUGCGGCGAGCAGCAAUGAAGGCGCAGCAGCAGCGCAGAGAGGCGGCGGCGAGCGAAAAGGAGUCGCAUGCGGAGGAGAAGCGGGCGGCAAGGGCCGCCCGGGCGGCGCGGGCGAGGGAAGAGCAGGAGAGUCUGCGAGCAGCCAAGCAAGAGCUGAAGGUGAUGAAUGCAGCGCGGCUCAAAGAAAGGGAGGAGAAGAUCAAUGCUCGCAAGGAAGCGGCCAAGACGGCUUUGCGGAUGGAGAGCGCAAGAUGGAUCAGGGAGGACGAGUUGGAGUGGAGGAUUAUGGAGGCCAUGUCGAAGCCAUACAUAUUGUGA